AUGUUUGGGGAUGCUUCUUCUAAAGCCCCACUUGGUAUUGUCAUGGAUUUCCCUUUGAGAAUUGGAGAGUGCACAAUCCCAAUUGAUCUAACAGUUCUGGAUAUGGUUGACGAGAAGGAUGUGCCAUUGAUCUUAGGGACACCUUUCCUCACCACUGUUGGUGCCUCCAUUGAUUUCCAUACAAAGAAAGUGAUCCUGCACAAUGUCAACAGCAAAGUCUCUUACCCUCUCAAGGCAUCAAGCUCUAAAUAUUGUGGAACCAUUGCCACUAAGUCACUGAGCAUCAAGGGUGAUGAGUUUGCUGAGGUUGAAAAGAUGGAGAUAAUGACUGAGAGCAGCACAGAGCCAGUUAUUUGUGAACCUUGUGUUCUGGAUGAGAUGGGUCUUGCAGUUUUGUUUAGUGAGCAGCUAGGAAGUGCUCAAAAAGAUAGGGAGGGUAUGGCUUUGAAGGCGUCUCCUGGACAUAAAAGAAAGAUGAUCACGCCUCAGACUCUCUCAAGCGCUCCAUCCCAGCUUACCCUGACUCUGUUGCCAUCCAAGUUCACAAAUGGGAAGAUUGAGUACAAGAUCAAGUGCAAGAGAAAGUCUAAACCGUUUUCCAGUAUCAAUGCCUUGGUCAGUCCUGAGCUGCAAAAAGAUCAAACCAAGCUCAAGGAGCUCCUAUCUUCAGUCCUUACUGUCACAUUUGAUGGCGGGACCGCUCUCAUUCAUGCCUAA